GCAACAGGACCCUUUUCACGUUCCUUUGCGUCGUCACCGCCAAAAUGAGAUUUUUGAGCGCAGGAUUGAAAUCGUCUUCCUUGAUCUCUGCGUUCCGCUCCGAUUUCUCUUCCAGGCUCUACAGAUCUCUGUCGAGCUGCGCCGUCGAGGUCGUUGAAUCCGACUACGCGUCUGAAAGCGACGUCUGCUCUUGUUCACCAGCGCGGACAGUCGAAGAACUCACGGGCCGCCUCUUCUCCAUCCUCGUCACGUGCCGGGAUCCUUCGCACCUCCCCAAAGGCCGCCAGGUUCACGCCCAAGCCGUGGUCAAUGGCGUCAGCGAUUUCACUAUGGGCGCUAGGCUUUUGGGUAUGUAUGUUCUCUGCCAAAGCCUCUUGGACGCCAAGGAUUUGUUCUUUUCGCUCGACAAACGCUCGUCCUUACCGUGGAAUUGGAUGAUCAGAGGGUUUACCAUGACGGGCUGCUUUGAAUUAGCUCUGCUGUUCUAUUUCAAGAUGUGGUUCGUCGGUGCCUAUCCUGAUAGGCAUACGUUCCCUUAUGUGAUCAAGUCCGUUGCUUCUUUAUCAGCUGUAGAGUCAGGUCGGUUGAUUCAUAGUACUAUAUGUUCAAUGGGUCUCGAAACAAAUAUAUUCAUUGGUAGUUCCUUGAUCAAGAUGUACACGGAGAACAAUGAGAUUGGGACUGCAAGGGAGGUGUUUGAUAGAAUUCCCGAAAAGGACUGCAUUUUGUGGAAUGUCAUGAUUGAUGGCUACAUGAGAAUCCAUGAUUCUGCGCAUGCUAUUUUGUUGUUUGAUAGCAUGAGGCUUGCAGGCACCAAGCUAAAUUUUGUGACUUUCGCUUGCAUCUUGUCUAUCUGUGCCUCAAAAGGGAUGCUGAAGCAUGGAACUCAGCUUCAUGGGCUUGCAGUUAAGUUUGGUGUGGAGUUGGAACCUUCAGUGGCAAACACAUUGCUGGCAUUGUACUCUAGAUGCCGCUGCUUGAUUGAUGUGCAAAAAUUGUUUGCUUUGAUACCACAGAUUGAUUUGAUCACUUGGAAUGGGAUGAUCUCUGGGUAUGUCCAGAGUGGGCUUGUUGAUGAGGCUUUGGAACUGUUCUGUGAGAUGCAAGCUGCAGGGAUGAAACCAGAUUGUAUUACAUUGGCAAGUUUGCUUCCCAGCUUUUCUGGUACUGCAGGAAUGAAGCAGGGCAAAGAAAUUCAUGCACACAUAAUUAGGAACAAUGUCCCAAUGGAUGCCUUCUUAAAAAGUGCACUGAUUGAUGUAUACUUUAAAUGCAAGAAUUCAGUGAUGGCAACGAAAGUUUUUGGUGCUACAGGAACAAUGGAUGUAGUAAUUGGCAGUGCAAUGAUAUCUGGUUAUGUGCUUAACGGGAUGAGUGGCGAUGCUUUGAAUAUGUUUCGCAAAUUACUAAAAACACAAAUUAAGCCUAAUCCAAUCACCAUAGCUAGCGUUUUACCAGCUUGCUCUUGCUUGGCUGUUUUAACUUUGGGGAAGGAGAUACAUGGCUACAUUCUGAAGAAUGCAUAUGAAGGUCAGAUUUAUGUAGCUAGCGCAUUGAUUGACAUGUAUACCAAAUGUGGCAGGGUUGAUCUUGGUUAUCAAGUUUUCACCAAAAUGUCAAUUAGGGAUGUUGUUGCAUGGAACUCAAUGAUUGCAAGUUUUGCUCAAAAUGGGCAACCAGAGGAAGCCAUAACUCUUUUCCGUCAAAUGGGAAUAGAUGGAAUGAGAUAUGAUUCUGUGUCCAUAUCUUCAGCCUUAUCAGCAUCUGCGAGUGUACCUGCAUUACGCCAUGGUAAAGAGAUUCAUGGUCAUAUGAUGAGAAGCAAUAUUAGGUCAGACCUAUUUGCUGAAAGUGCCUUGAUAGAUAUGUAUGCCAAGUGUGGGGAUCUAAAAGCGGCUUGUCAAGUGUUUGAUUCCAUGACACAUAAGAGCGAAGUAUCAUGGAAUAGUAUAAUUGCUGCUUAUGGGGCACAUGGUCUUUUUGAAGAUGCUAUGUGUUUGUUUCAUCAUAUGCAGGAAGCAGGAUUUCUACCAGAUCAUAUAACAUUCCUUGCUUUGAUAUCCGCAUGUGGCCAUGCUGGUCGAGUUGAAGAAGGGAUUCAGCUAUUUCAUUCUAUGCAAGAGCAAUAUGGAAUCAUACCUCGCAUGGAGCACUAUGCUUGUAUGGUCCAUCUUUAUGGGGGUGCUGGGCAGCUAAAUAAAGCUCUAGAACUGAUUAAGAGUAUGCCAUUUAAACCAGAUGCUGGGAUAUGGGGCACAGUUCUUGGAGCUUGUAGGGUUAAUGGGAAUGUUGAACUAGCUGAGAUUGCUUCAGAGCAACUCUCUGAGUUGGAUCCUGAGAAUUCUGGUUAUUAUGUGCUCAUGUCAAACAUACAUGCUGUGGCUGGCAGGUGGGAGGGAGUAAGUAAAGCUCGAAGCUUGAUGAAGGAAAGAAGGGUACAAAAAGUGCCAGGUUACAGCUGGAUAGAAAUAAGCAAUGUCAGUCACACGUUUGUUGCCCAUGACAAAUGCCAUCCAGAUUGUGAACUCAUCUACUCUACAUUGAAGAAUCUCCUUCUAGUGCUUAGGGAAGAGGGUUAUGUUCCUAGACCAGACAUAAAUUUCCACCAAACAUGGAUACCUCAAACAGGUAAAGGAAAAUGUGGAGUUGAUCUCACUUAGAAGCUACAUAUGCUCUCGUCUAACACAAGAUACUCAUUCUAGAAAAAAUAGGGACUCCUACUGACAACAAUUAGCAGAGAUGUUCUUGCCAGUAUGGUUGCCACUCAUUGAUUCCUGAUGGUUUUUGAGCAAUAAGGAAUCUUAUUUGCAAAUUAUGAGCAAUACUCCCAGUGGCCAUGGUUAUACUCUCCAGUGUUUGCCCCAAGUGUGAAGGAAACUACUUGCAGACAGCCACUCAAUCUGGAUUCACAUUCUGCAUGAGUCAAUAGAAGAAGAAUUAGCAGGUAAAACAAUCUACCAAAGAACUGGAGUAGCUUCAUCAACAUUCGAUCAAACUCCACAAGGAAGUGAGUCGCUAACAAAUUCCACCUAAAUCCUAAUGCCUCCUUUAUGGGUUGUGCAAGCCAAGGCCUAAUUUAGUUUACAUGCCCCAGUUUCAAGCAUCAUCAAGUAUAAUAACAAGUUAACAAACUACAAGGACCAAAGUUUGAAGCUCAGUAAGGAGGCUCCAAGUGUGCAUAAUCUGAACUCCAGAUUUAUCCGGUAGGUAAAUUAAGAGGGAAGACUAUCUAUCUGCAGGAUUACUCGGACUAAGCUUGAAUAUCUAGAUUAUCAAAAUACAUAUACUCUAGUUUAUGUAGAAUAGUGCAUCAUGCCUAUUCCAUGAAAGCCUUAUUUUUCAACUUUUGGUGGAGAAGGCAACGUCACAAAGGUACUUUGUGAAGAUGAAAAAGAAGACUGGUCAAUCAACAAGUUGCAUUCACAUAAAUAUUUCUCAAGUAGAUCGAAAAAAAAAUGUAAUAUCAAUGACUUGUUGCAUUCUUAUACUACACCAUCCUCUAUUUUUAUAGCAAGUAGUAAAAUUAAAACUCAGGCCUUGUUAAGGUUGAAGAUAAGCUUGAUCACCAGACACGAUUAUCCAAAUAUACUAGUUAAUCACGAUUAUCACAAGUUAAUCAUCAAACAAAAAAUAUUAGCCACUCUCCAAGUUAAAUUAUAUGCAAAAAACAAAAAAAGUUUAAGUCAAACAGUUUGAUGUAACUGAUAUGUAUAAACUAGAUUCAUUGUGAUUUCACUUACCAUGCCUCAAUCUAAUAAACCAACUUUUUGGCCCACAAUUAAGAUUAGAAUGGGACAUUAUUAACUAAACACUAAA